AUAAAUUGCAAAAACAAAGCGCACGACAACUCCCGACUCACUGUCCGGUCGGGUCUGUCCGCCCAUCAGGGCAUUGGCGACGACUCCGACGAUUACAAUGAAUUAAGUCGUUCGCCAACUAAAGCCAACAGAGCCAGGCCUACCACCACAAGGGCCAGCCCUCCCGUCCCCCUGUUGUAAAGCCUUCAAAUGGACCGCCCGUUCCGAAACCCGUUCCGCCACCAGUACCCCAAUCAACACGACUACUACUAUCUGGAGCAGCAAUUCAACGGAAAUCAGUUCUGCUUCCGUUACAAUCGGCACCAGUACCACAACAUACUGUUCCCGUUCAGCCACACUCAACCACUGUACCGGCCCCACCACCACCACCAACAACAACCAGUCCAGCAUCAAAUGAGACACCAAUAG